AUGGCUCUAGCAAGGUCAAGAACCUUAUACGAGGCUUUUCAGAAUAGAAGCGAAGAGCAUCUUCGUCUAUCAAGAUCAGUAAAGGAAGGAAGAGUUAUUUCUGAGUACACCAUCUACUUGGCGUGCGCAAUAAUUUGGUUAAUAACCAGUUCUUGGUUGCAAAAAGAUGUACGUGUGUGUCGAACCAGGAUUGCAACUGAAAAUCAGAAGUUUCAUGGAAACAUAUGUUCAAGUUAUGGAACUACCAUACAAGUGCGAUACGUUUAUGAUCAAAAGCCAGGCUUUCACAAGCUAGGGUAG